AUGGAACCCCUCUUUGAAGUCGGAGAGGUGUUCGUCUGCCUCUUCGAGAAGCAGCACCCAUAUGAAGCAAAAAUGAUUGGAAUGAGAGAAGAGAGAGGUGUUGACCACUACGUCAUCCAUUACAUCGGAUGGCAUAAGCGACAUAAUGAAAUCAUUCCGUUCGGGGAGGAGGAAGGAAAAAUGUUCAAAGGGAACCUAAAGCAGUUUGCCGAGGAGCAUCCGGAAAUCGAGAUCCCAGCGGAUGCACACAAAGGAGCAAAGCGUGGAAGAGCACCAAACCCGAAGAAUUUGGAAGGAGAGACGAGUAUUGAGAAGAAAGAUGAGGGAGGAGAAGAAGAAGAAGUUGAGAAGAAGAAUGAUGAGGAAGAAGUCGAAGAUCGAGUCGAGGACGGAGUAGAAGAGGUAGUAGGACCAGUUGAGAACGUAGUAGAAGAAGAAAAAGUGGAGAAGAAGAAGGAUGAGGAGGUCGAAGAACGAGUCGUGGACACCGUCAAAGAUGUAGGAGGGCCAGAAGAAGAAGUAGAAGUUGUGGAGCAGGUUGAGAAGAAACCUGAGAAGAAAGCUGAAAAGCUGAAAUCAAAGAAAAAAGAAAAAGCGAAUGUCGUUGUGAACGAUCAACCUCCGUCAGUCUUCCCAAAAAGUCCAGUUUGCCUGGAUGCUCUGGAACCGCCUCUCUCCAACACGCUUAGAGAUAUUCUGGUCGAAGACCUGGACUACGUCAACAAAUACUUUGUCACUCGCCUCCCCGUUGGUGUGUCAGUAGAGGAUAUCAUGGUUGAGUACAAGAAGCAUCUUCAAGCCACCAAAAAAAGACAAUUGAAGCAACUCAGGAAUCCGGAUAUUGAGAAAAAGAAGAAAGAAAUCAUUGCGGAGACCGACAAGUUGCUUGCCACUGCUAAUGGCAUUGUCCCUAUCUUCAACGCAGCGCUUGGAUGCCACUUGUUGUAUACAACGGAGCGCCAGCAGUACAACAAAGUAAGGAAGGAAGACGCCAUCAAAAACAAUUUCACAUUCAAGGACAUCACCGAGCUCGGGAAAUACGAUUUUCGACCAUCAGAGCAGUACGGAAUGGUCCAUCUCCUUCGGAUGUUGACAAAGCUCCCAGAGCUUUUGCAACUCUCUGAUUGGAACGACCAUAUGGUGAAUCGUAUUGCAAUUGGCCUGAAGGAUUUUGUCAAGUUCCUGCACAAGAACGCGUCGAAGUUCUUCACAGGAGCCAACGAGUACACCACACUCACCGCGGAGUAUUUCCGGCAGCCACAAACUGUGGGAGAUUAA